GCGUGUGUGUGUGCCUCAGCACUCCCCAUUCCCAGUCCUUCCUUCCGGCUGGUGUGGAGUUGCUCUGAUCACAGGCAGACUGCUAAUGUGCUGACAGAAGGACAGAGAGCUGAAAAGGUUGUUAAAGCUCAGACACACUGGCCUCAGAGACAACUUGGCAAACUUGAUUUUAGAAUUAGAAUAUUAAUGUACGACAUGUUGGCUCUCUGUUCCAAGACAGUUAGGCUACACUCUAGUUAGAAUACAAAUGAGAAUGUUGUUGUCGUGAUUGGUGUCUGGUGCAAACAUGGAAGCUAGUUUGGCAGCCACUGUACUGUAUACUGUCUCUAUAGGCCUACUGUGCUCUGUCGAACACUAGUUUGCUGCUACCACUGCUCAAUACUUCUGUCUCAUACUGUAUCUCCAUUUGUUCAGAGAGUAGUUCUCUGUGUUGACCACUGUUGACUGUGUUCUCCCCACCGACUAACCGUCCACAGAGGCACAAGGUCUUUCACUAGGAAGACGAAUUACAUUUAAGUCAAUGCUUUAGGUUUUACUUGACCUUCUACUGAUAAGGACGUAUGCUGUGUACCACUGUGUGUGUUCUCACACUACUCCCUACCUACGGUGCCUCGUUAGGCACUCCCUGUCUCCCUGUGUUGGCCUGCUGCCAGCCAAUACCAAGUACUAAGACGCGGUAUUACUCACAUGCGUGCCGAAUACUUUCUUGGGAUUUCUAGUUGAGGAGUUUGUCAGGUGUGACUUGGGGAAAGAUAGAGCAGGGGAGAGGAUGGGUUUCUCUCAUGACUCUUCCUGAUUAGGGUUAUUCCUUGUUGUCUUGGAUUGCUGUCUUUUGGGGGCUUUGGGUUACAUGGUUUAAACCUCCACAGUAGACAGGGACAAUGGACCUUUGACACAGUGCUUUAUCUAUGAAUAUGUUUCCUGUGUUCUAUUGUCUAAUCUGUACUGUGUUCGAAGAUGACUGGGGUCAUGUCGGUUCAGUGAACAACUGUCCAGUGUCUAUAUGUAGCUGGCAGAAUGUGUAUUACUAGUCGCCACGUUUUGGACAAAGUGCAUCGAAAUAGAACGUUUGAUGGCUCAACUUACUUGCACCCUUUUUAGUGCACAUCACACUUGUUUCCGCACACCUGUGCCCUCUUGGCUCAGUAACAGAUCAUCUUUGUCUCAUUCCUCUCCUUUGACUAGUGACGCAACAUGAUUGUGCACAAUGAAGUUUUACACACUUCUCUGAAGCUGAUAUGACUCUACUGCCCUCAUGUGGCAGAUGAGAGAAAUUACAGUUUUAACCCCGUGAUUUUCACAUGUUGCUGUGUAGACUAGAAUGAUCUGUGAGCUAGCUGACCAAGCUCAGUGGCACCAGGGAAGAGAAAGGACAUGAAUGUAUCAUCUCGUUAUUAACCAGUAUUUCUUUCAGGACACCAGUGCUUUCAGACCUACACUGUAGGUCUCACUGCACCCUUACCUCUCUCUAGGAUCCUCACCCACCCCCUUGCCUACCUUUACCCUCUGGGUACCCCACCAAUCAAUGUGCUCUGACCUCUGACCUUUAUAACCUUCUGACCCUUACCGAUCUCUCCUCUCCUCCCUCUCACUCCAACCUGUGAGGACCCCUGAGCAUAGCUGUCCUCCAUUGUGCCUGUGUAGAGUUCCCCGGCUGAUCUUAUUUCAUGUUUGGUACGAGGAAGAGGAGGAAGGUGAGAUUAAGGGCACCAUUGUGUUCUGCCUGCAGGCUGAACACGCAGGAACACGCACGUACUACUUCGGCGCUGAGACUGCCGAGGAACAGGAGGAGUGGAUCGACGCUAUGAACGAGGCUGCACACGUCCAGAUACCGCCUGCACAGAGGUCCACACAAGCACACACAUGCAUGACCACCAACUCCGAGGCCACCACGCCCACAGCAGAACUCCAUGGUAACACCUUGGUAACCAAAGGUCCUGAACCACACACCCAGACACACACACACAUUGAGGACAACGGCCAGACGACUGAACUCCUAGACCCAGAGCGCGGAUCACGAGAACCCGCACAUCACAAGGUCAACGGGGUCGACGCCAUGGAAACGCCCCCUCCCUCUACCAGCCAUUCAGAAAAGGACGGGAGGAUGGGGGGAGAGAGAGGGGAGAGGGGGGAGAGAGGAGUGCUUGGACCUGGGGGUGCACCCCAUCACCAGCCCAAUGGGUGGGGCACCUACGGCCCCCCAAACCAUGGAAACGGACCACCCCAGGGUAACGGGCGGCCACCCCAGGCACCUCCAGAGGGACGGAUGAGAGAGGGGAGGGAGGUGAGGGAGCAGCCUGAGAACGUGGUGCUGAGACGGGGUUUUGUGCCACGGACAAACCCUGAGAGACAGGCCCAGAGGAAGAGCUCCAUGACUCAGCUACAGCAGUGGGUCAACCAGCGCAGAGUCAUAGCUGUACAGGAGGACUUGAACAGUCCAUCUCAUUAUUACACAGUGAACCGUGGCGUACCAGCUGACUACUACAGCGUCUACAGUAGCGUGGGGGGCGGUCCGGGCUACGUGGAGGAGUACCCCCUCUACCCUCCAGGCGUACGCCCUGACAGCAUCUGCUCUGUGUCAGCCGUGGGUUACGACCGCAUGGGCCCCCCUCGCUGGACCAACGAUGAGAAGAGACGCUCACUGCGGGACGGGCCCCUCUACAGACCCCCGCCCCCCCGAGACCCAUACGGCCCCCCACCUAGCCCUGCCUAUUACGGCCAGAUGGAUGCAGCCCAGACCGCCAUGAGGCGUCUGUCCAUCCAACCUAGGUCUAGGUCCGUUCCCAGGUCCCCCUCCUCGUCCACGGGUGGUCCCUACUCUCCCAGCCCCCAUAGCUUUGCCUCGCCUAUCUGCUCACCCUCGGCCCGGUUUGACAGAGGACCAGGCAGGCUACGGGAGGAUGUGAUCUACGCUGACCCCUCUGUGUAUGGACUGAGGAGAUCACUGAGCUCUCCCAAGUAUGAUUACCCUGGAGACAGGAGGUCGCUAAGCCAAGGAAUGUACCACUACAACUACCCUGCCUCCCCCUCUCUCCACAGCAAAAUGGAGGACAUGUUAGACCUGCAGCUCCAGAGAAACCUGGAGUACCUCGAUCAACAGGUGACCGGGAGAGAUCACGUUGUCGGCAUGGUAACCAGAAUGGUGGAGCGAUCCUCCCCUAGAGCAAAGCUCUUCGCACAAGUGCCUCCGUUCCAUGACCCAUACAGGGAGCUUCACCCCACACUGAAACUCAAUGAGAUUGAGACCAGCAAACUCUUGGGUCGUCUGUGUGAGCAAAACAGGUUUCUAAAGGACCAGGAGGCAGUUGUUCACAGGCUGAGAAUGGACAAGGACAGCCUAGAGGGAGCACUGGUGGCCACACAUCAGGAGAUGGAGCUGUACCGGGGUCAGCCGCUGGUUGCAGACAAACUACAGCUGAAGAAGGAGACACUGCAGAACCAGCUCAUCAACAUCAGAGGAGAACUCUCCCAGGCAUCCAGUGCUCUGACCACCACACGGAUGGAGUUUGAAGCUCUGGAGGACGAGGUCAACGCUAUCCAUGGGGACCUGUGGGAGCAGCUCAACGCAGGCGGGCAGAGUGAGAUGGUCCAUAGACACAUUCAGAAGGAGUUCUGGAGAGUUCAGGAAGUGUGGGAGGGGCUCCACAAGAGCAACCUUUCCAGAGGCACAGACACAGCCAAACACAGGGUGGCCAGUGGGGCAUCAGGUUCCUUUAGCACCAAUAGUCCUGCCAGUCCCCUGAGUUCAGUAAGCCUCACCAGUCCACUCAGCCCCUUCUCCCCAGUGCCCGGCUCCCAGGCUUCCCCCACCAAACAGCUGGGUCCGGAGGACAUUGGCCCGCCACGGCCACCACUUCCCAAAUCCUACUGCCCCCUGGAAUCGCCCCCCUCCAUCCCCCCUCUGCCGUUCGACAGCUCUGCCUGGCCACGCAGACUGGGCCUGGAGGACGGUUACAUUGACGAUGAAGAGUCCCACAGCAGAAAGCAAAAGUAUGGUUACCGACAGGAUGUGUCACCGGGAGAACGGACCAAUAGCAACGAAGCUCAGGAGCUGGAUCAGGAUCGACAGGCCAACAUGAAUAAAGUGGGGAUUGUUCCUCCCAGAACGAAGUCUCCCAUAGAGGACCAGGGCCACUCCUACGACCAUGGAAUCACCCGACGCAACGGCAAAGUGCCCAAUGGAAUCUCCAGGGAGCGCCCGAAGAGUGCAGUGUUCCCUGCUGAGGUGAAGUCCAAGAUGAGCAUUGAGGAGCAGAACGAGCGUAUCCGUAGGAACCAGAGCAGCUCUGUCAGGGACAAGAGACGCAGCCUGAACCUGGGUAGCCAGGCAGGCACAAACUACAGAGUGGUGAAGCGGAGGCUAACAGCCCAUGAGGUGGACAUCAAGGACCUGGAGGCUGCAGUACGGGGCGAGGGGGUGCUGGAAUCACCCCGGGAGGAGAUUGCUCGCCUCAGACGGUUACAGAUGGAACCUGACCACUACGACCUGGACAUCGGCAAAGAGCUUUGUGCUCCAGACAAGGUUCUGAUCCCGGAGCGCUACCUGGAUGUGGAGCCCAACACUCCUCUCAGCCCAGAAGAGCAGAAGGAGAAACAGAAGAAAGUAGAGAGGAUCAAGACUCUCAUUGCCAAAUCAAAUCUCCAGAAUGUGGUUCCCCUAUUGGACGGUCCUACUGAGGGGGGCGGUCCUCAUCACCAGGGCAACCCAGAGCAGAAGAUCCAGGAGCAGGAGAAGAGGAUCGAGAUCUCCUGUGCUCUGGCCGCCGAGGCCUCGCGACGCUCCCGCCUGCUCUCCGCCCAGUGCGCCCCCAGCCUCCCCGCCUCCCCGACCAACCUGGCCCCUCCCCCGUCCUCCACCGACUUCUCCGACUCCGUUCACAUCAUGAAGGUGUGAGUCUGUGAAGCUCAAGCUCUGGCUGCCGUCAAGUUUGACGGAGCGUCCUUCUGAGGAUCCACUGGAAUAUAAAAAAAAUGCCCAAAGAAACUGGUUAAUCUCCCAGACCACCUGCCCGCCGGUGUAUAAACCCAAUGACCUCCACAACAACACAACCGGAAACAUGAAGCGGUCACAGGAAGUUUGGGAAGUUGACCACCUGAGGACUUUUUCAAGGCAAACAGACUAUGAUGGAGGCCCACACCUCCCACCACAAGGGGGUCUAUAACAGCACCCUCCACUCUCUCUCUAUCCUUCACCACACUUACACAAUUCUUCUUAGUCUAGGCCUGGCAGAAAAUAGCAUCUCUAUAAGGGCAGGUAACGCAAACUAAACAAAUGCAAAUAAAACACAAUGCUGUCAUGUUUCACUAUUUUGGGGAUGAUGCGUUUGACACAGCAUUUGAUACUACUAAGCUAGCCAGAAACCAGGGGAUGUAUACAGCACUCAAACAUGCUCUCCUCCAUGCUACACUGACAGUGAGACCGUUUCAACAGUUUUUCUCCGUUACUCAGCUCAGGAAAGGUGUAUGCUAUAGAGAGAUUAGAAGGUCCACAGAGACUUGAAGCCCAGGACAGUAGAGUUCUGUGACUGAACGGUUCAGGAGGGGACUUAACGUACGUGAUGCACGGAUCUCUGUUAAGAUGAAGAGGGAUUAGGACUGCCGGAGCUGGACUUCAGGAAGAGGGACUGGGGAGUGAGAGCUUCUUAUUGGUGCAGAGAGCAGUAGAACCAAUCAGAGGCUGAUGUUACAGUGUAACAGGAAAUGGUCACAGAAGAGGAGGCGGACAGAUGGUAGUUCAAGAACCAUAAAGAGAGAUAGGAGUGGGAACAGUAACAUAACAUAGGGUUUCCCAAACUCGAUCCUGGGGCCCCCCUGGGAGGACAUUUUGUUUUUUGCCCUAGCACUAAACAUCCUGAUUCAGGAUCGAGUUUGGGGAAACCCUGACACAACAGGAAAUGGCCAAUGUUGUUUGGUUUCUGAUUGGCUCCCAGGUAAUUGUUUCAAACUCAGUUAAACAGCCCUUGCCCUUCGACUUCCUGGCGUCGUCUUCAGAGGCCAUUAGUGGGAAAGCUGUACUGUAUGAAAGUAACCCCCCCCCCUCCCCUCAAUACAGUGGUCGCAGGAAAUUGGUGUACAGCAGUGUUUGCAUGAGUCUCCCUUCGAUUCCUUCCAACACCUUUCAUCCCAGGUGAGGUACACACCUAUUGAACACCUAACCCACUGUGACGCCUGCCUCCCAACCUUUUCUCCAGGCUAGGCUACACCCCCUCUGUCCCCUUUCCCGUCCUACACCCAGGGCUGGUUGGGACCUAUAUGUGUAUCUGUGUGACUGUCUGCAGGAAGACCUAUCCUGCCUCACUCUGAAACCACUGUUAGUUCUCUGGUAACUGUGUGUCUUGAUGUGAGUACAGCCCACACACCAUUGGCAUUAAAGCCAUUGUACUCCUCUUAGUUCUCUCACUGCUAUAAUACCUUACUUCAGUGGUACAGUAUGUCAAUAGAUACAUGUGUAGAUAAAAUCUCUCUAUAUCUACAUUUAUAUAUAUAUAUACAGUACAGUAUAUAGUAUGUGGAAAGACGUCAGUAAAAAAAAGAAAAGAAGUGACCUUAGAAUAAGUCUGCUAGUUGAAACACUUGUUUGUGUUAAGAUGGGCCAGCAACCUGCAUCACAGCCAACUUACAGUGUGUACAUAUCAGAAAGCUAAAUGCAUCCUACAUGUAUCAUAUCCCUAAUAUUAUACAGUGCUAUGUUGAAGACUGAACCUUUUUAGCAUAUAGAGAUCGUUUAUUCUGAUCAAUACGUUUUUACCUCUCAAAAUACAUCUAAUUAUUUUUCUAUGAACCAUCACUUCUAACGUGAUCAACCACUUUGGGUGAGAGAUAGAUAGACACAGAAAUAUAUAGACAUAUGGCUGUCCUGGUCAGGGUUGGAGGAACUCAUAUAUUAUACACGUAUAUGACAAGUCACUCCACAUUCUAAGUGGAGGAUGUAUCAUGGUGCAGGUAUGUGCAUCAUCCUCGUCGUCCUCCUGUCCUCUAAUAUGAGUUGCCGACCCAUCCUUUGCAUUUUGGCUGUCUCUUAAUAAGGAACAUUUUGUUUGUCAGUCGAUCACUGUUAGCGUCUCCAGAUUUAACCUGUGGCCCUUCUGAAAGCGCAGCCCUUUCUAUUUCUGUCUACAUUCCUCCCUCGCAAUCUACCCAUCUCUCCUUCUCUGUCUUUUUUCCUCCAUCCAUUCGUUUCUCCCCCUUUGUCAUAUUGGCUCAGAGGCAAUGCUGUGUCUGUAUAAGAGGAUGUCUUUCUUCAGACUCAAGCCAUCAUGUUUGGAGGCAAGGGAAACAUUUGUGUACACAUAGCAGAUUAUUAUUAAAAAAUCUUUUAAAAAGUCUGAAGAAAAUAGUUAUAUUUUUUUCUUGUUUGAGAAAGGGACAACUAAGGUCAAAAGAUGCAGUACAUAUUUUUUUAGACUCAUGGGUAUUUGAUGACUAAAAUAAGGUUUCAGCCGACAGGUUACAUUUUUAGCAUGUAAUCAGGAAUGUUUUGCGUUUUUCACAAUAUUGGGGAAAAAUGAUUAUUGCUAAAAUAUUUUUUUAAUUUGCUUUUAAGAUUUGUCUUGAAGGCCCUGGUUUAAAGAUGAUUUUGAAAAUAUUGGUAUUUUUGGAACAAUUGGCCUCAUAAUGUGUUGAGAAACACAAAACAGCCAAAUACGGGGUGUCCAAUAUUUGAUAAAAAAUGUAGCAUUUAUGGCUAAUAAUGAUGUUGAAAGAUUUAGCACAUUGGUCUAUGUACAUAUUUCCCAUUUCAACUACGUAUAUCUUAAUAAUAACAUCAACUGUUGCUAUUUUGGCGAAAAUACACAAAAUGCUUGAACUAUGCAAAUAAAAAAGUGAAAAAUCAUAUGCUUGCUUUAGGAAAACCUUCUUGCAAUAAAGUGAAUGUAUACAAAUAUAUACAGUAUGUGUUUCUCUUUAGAUGUUUUCGGAAUAUUCCGCCGUACUUAUAAUCAUAAUCAUUGAUAUUAUUACCAUUAUUGUUUUGAUCAUGCUAUCGAUGUUGAGUAUCACUGCCAAAAUAAUUAUACUACUGAUCAUCAUACUUUCUGUCUGUUAUAUUAAUAGACCUUUACUGACAAUAUCAUAAGGACUCAUUAUAUCAUAUGGACUCUUAUAUUAUAUCAUAAGGACUCUUAUAUUAUAUCAUAUGGACUUUGUUAUAUUCUAUUCUAUGUGUAUGUCUGAUAAAUAAACCUGAUGAUAUCAUGUA